AAAUCAGCUAAGUACCCUCUCCUCUCCUCCAUCUCCUUCCCGCACCCACCCACGCAUGCUCGCCACACCACAUUCUCACUGCAUACAACACCACUUGUGCAACGAAGCUCACAGUCCACAGACCAGCAACAGCAGGUAAAGCCACGGGUUAAGCCCUAGGUUAGGCCAGCCCCUUAGCAGGUACCCCCUCUUGACUGGUGAAAACUUGCACCCCCUACUCCCUCUUGACUGGUGAAAACUUGCACCCCCUACUCCCUCUUGACUGGUGAAAACUUGCACCCCCUACCCCCUCUUGACUGGUGAAAACUUGCACCCCCUACUCCCUCUUGACUGGUGAAAACUUGCACCCCCUACUCCCUCUUGACUGGUGAAAACUUGCACCCCCUACCCCCUCUUGACUGGUGAAAACUUGCACCCCCUACUCCCUCUUGACUGGUGAAAACUUGCACCCCCCUGCACCCGCUGGUCUGUGGAUUGCCACUGCUGUAGCACAAGUGGUGCUCCCUCUUUGUUCCUUUCAGUUAUGCUCGUUUCAGUUAUGCUCGUUUCAGUUGUGCUUCCUUCCUCAUAUCCUUUUUUUGUUACGCUAUCCUGGUUUUUUUCUAAACCCCAUUCCUCCCUCGUCCACUGACUUUCCCAUUCUCCCCCCUGCCUUCCCUUCGUCCUCUCACAGGCUAACCAUUGGACCGAAAUAUGCUAAGUACCCUCUCCUCCCUGCACCCACCGACUUAUGCUUACCACCAUGCCAUGCCAUGCCAUGCCAUGUCCUGUUUGUCCCCCUCAUGCCUUCUCGCCUCUAUGCUUCGUCUUCAAGCCACACCACUUGUGCAACGAAGCUCACAGUCCGCAGACCAGCUACAGCAGGUUCAGCCCCAGGUUAAGCCAGCCCCUAGCAGGUACCCCCCCUUUACUGGUAAAAACUUACACCCCCCUACACCCGCUGGUCUGUAGAUUGCUGCUGCAGCUGUCCCUCUAUGCUCGUAUUUAUUGUCAACAUCAGCUUGCCAUCCAUCCACCUCCUCAUUUCAGAAAUUUCUUUCUCUCACAUGCUAACUUCUCCGCCCACUUCCCUGCCGCUCCCUUUUCACAUCACAGGUCACUCGGAACAGCUGCAGCAGCAGCACGGAUGCUAAUCAAGCCACUGGACUGAAAUAAGCUAAGUACCCUCUCCUCCCUGCACCCACCGACUUAUGCUUAAUGCCAUGCCAUGUCCUGUUUGUUCCCCUCUAUGCUUCUCGCCUCUAUGCUUCCUCGCCUUCAAACCACACCACUUGUGCAACGGAGCUCACAAUCCACAGACCAGCAGCAGCAGGUUCAGCCAGGUUAAGACUUAGGUUAAGCCAGCCCCUUUCAGGUCCCCCCUCUUUACUGGUAAUAACUUACACCCCCAUACUCCCGUAGUCUGUGGAUUGCCACUGCAGAUGCACAAGUUGUGCCUUUGUUCCUUUCAGUUAUGCUUGUUUCACUUAUGCUUCUUGAUAUCACUACCAUCUUAAUUAUUUUAUGCAAUCCUUUUUCUUAUCCCCAUUCCUCCCUCCUCCACUAACUUUCCCCUCCUCCUCCCUGCCUCCCUUUUCCCUCCUAGGAUUCUUGGAGUUGGAGGCAGUAGCAACAGCAGCAGCAUGCAUGGAGAAGCGGUGGAGGAAGGGAAGGAAGGAGGGGAGGCAGGAGGUAAGUAUGGAAGGAGGGGAGGAGGGGACGGAGGGCAGUAUACCUGCUUGGAUCCGAGCAGGCUGACCAAGCCACUGCACGGAAAUCAGCUAAGUAUCAUCUCCUCCCUGCACCCUCACACCAAUGCUCGCCACACACCGAGCCUCACACACCAUGCCAUGUCUUGUCUUGUUUGCUCAGCUCAUACUUUUUCGCCUUCAAACCACCCCACUUGUGCCACCAAGCUCACAAUCCACAGACCAGCAAGAACAGGUAAAGCCCCAGGUUAAGACCCAGGUUAAGCCAGCCGGCUUGCAGGUACACCCUUUUACUGGUAAAAACGUACACACUCCUACCUACGCCCGUUGGUCUGUGGAUUGCUGCUGCUGUUGCUCAAAUGGUGCUGCCUCUUUGUUCCUUUCACUUAUGCUCGUUUCAGUUGUGCUUCUUCAUAACGUUUUUGUGUUAUGCCAUCCUGUUUUUUGUUUUUUUUUUUAUCCAUUCCUCGUCCCUCCACUAACUUUCCGAUUGUCUCCCCUGCCUUCCCUUCUUCCCUCACACACAGGUCACUUGGAGGCAGUAGCGAGCAGCAGCAUGCAUGCAUGCAGCAGCGGUGGAGGGAAGAUGGGGGGAGGGAAGGAGGGGAGGCAGGAAGUAAGUGUGGAAGGAGGGGAGGAGGAGAGGAGGGAAGCAUGCCUGCUUGGAGUCGAGCAGGCCAACCAAGCCUUUUGGACUGAAAUCAGCUAAGUAUUCUCUCCGCCCUGAAACCCACCCACGCAUGCUUGCACCCACCCACGACACACCAUCCUAUGGCAUGUCUCGUUUGCUCCCUUUGUGUUUUCUCGCCUUCAAACCACACCACUUGUGCAACGAAGCUCAGAAUCCACAGACCAGCAACAGCAGGUUAAGCCCCAGGUUAAGACCCAGGUUAAGCCCCAGGUUAAGACCCAGGUUAAGACCCAGGUUAAGCCCCAGGUUCAGCCCACCCCCUAGCAGGUACCCCCCCAUCACUGGUAAAAACUUACUCCCCCCUACACCCGCUGGUCUGUGGGUAGUCACUGCAGUUGCACAAGUGGUGCUCCCUCAUUGUUCCUUGCAUUUAUGCUCGUUUCGGUUAAGCGUCUUCUUUUCACUACAAUUUUUUUUAUCUUAUGCAACCCUGGUUUUCUAUUCACCAUUUCUCCCUUCUCCACUAACUUUCCCAUCCUCCUCCCUGCCUUCACUUCUUCCCCUCACAGCUCACUUGGAGGCAUCAGCAGCAGCAGCAGCAGCAGCAGCAGCAGCAGCAGCAGAGGAAGCAGCAGCUGAAGCAGCAGUAGCGGGGGGUGUGCUCCUGGCAUGUCAUGGGCAUGGCUGCACACAGCUCAAGGAAAGGAGGAGUCCCUGCACUCACCACCCCUUCUCCCUCCAUCUCCUCCACCACCAGGUGUGCGCUCCACAGGCGAGGAGGCAAAGGCACGGCUGCUCACAGCAGGAGAGUGGAGGCAAAGGCACGGCUGCUCACAGCAGGAGAGUGGAGGCAAAGGCACGGCUGCUCACAGCAGGAGAGUGGAGGCAACGGCACAGCUACUCACAGCAGGAGAGUAGAGGCAAAGGCACGGCUGCUCACAGCAGGAGAGUGGAGGCAACGGCACGGCUGCUCACAGCAGGAGAGUGGAGGCAAAGAGGAGGGCGUCUGCAGCAAGCAUCACUGUAAGUUCACUAAGCGGGAGGAGAGAAGGGGGCCUGAAACCCCCUGGGUCUUUAGAGUGAGCAGCAAAGGAGGCGUCUGCAACAAACACCACUGUUAUUUUGAGUGAGUGGUAGAGGAUACAGGGGGCCUGAACCCCCUGGGUUACUGGAGUGAGCAGCAAGGAGGGCGGCUUCAAACACGUGUGUAAGUUGAGUGAGGGGGAGAGGAGAAAGGGGGCUGAAACCCCCUGGGUUACUAGAGUGAGCAGCAAACAUAACUGUAAGUUGAGUGAGCAGGGGAGGAGAAGGGAGGCCUGAAACCCCCUGAAUAACUAGAGUGAGCAGCAAAGGCGGCGUCUGCAAGCACCACUGUAAGUUGAGUGAGCGGGAGAGGAGAAGGGGGCCCGAAACCCCCUGGGUAACUAGGGGGACAGCAAAGCAGGCGUCUGCAACAAACACCACUGUAAGUUGAGUGAGGGAGAGAGGAGAAAGGGGGCCUGAAUCCCCCUGGGUAACUAGGGGGAACAGCAAAGCAGGCGUCUGCAACAAACACCAGUGUAAGUUCAGUGAAAGGGAGAGGAGAAGGGGGCCUGAAACCCCUUGGGUAACUAGGGGGAACAGCAAAGCAGGCGCCUGCAACAAACACCACUGUAAGUUGAGUGAGGGAGAGAGGAGAAAGGGGGCCUGAAUCCCCCUGGGUAACUAGGGGGAACAGCAAAGCAGGCGUCUGCAACAAACACCAGUGUAAGUUCAGUGAAAGGGAGAGGAGAAGGGGGCCUGAAACCCCCUGGGUAACUAGGGGGAACAGCAAAGGAGGUGCCUGCAACAAACACCACUGUAAGUUAAGUGAGGGAGAGAGGAGAAAGGGGGCCUGAAUCCCCCUGGGUAAGCUAUGAGUGAGGGGCAAUGGAGGGCAGCUGAACCCACCUCGGUAAGUUGGGGGCUGAAUCCCCCAGUGUAAUGUGAGUGAGAGGGAGGGGAGGAAGGGGCCAUGAGCCCCCCAUUGUAAGUUGAGUGAUAUGCAGAUGAGGGGCGGUGGAAACCCCGUGGUAAGAUGAGGACAAAUCAAGGGAGGGGGGCUGGUUAGUGCAUGGUCUUUAGAGCAAGCAGCUUGACGCUCGGAUCUAAAAUCCAAAUGGGUUGGGAACUAUGGCGUUUCAACUUUUGCCCCAACAUGCGCUAAGCCUUUUUUUUUGCAUGGCUGGUUAGUGCAUGGUCUCUAGAGCAUGCAGCUUGAAUCUCAGGUCCAAAAUCCAAAUGAGUUGGGAGCUACGGCGUUUCAACUUUUGCCCCAAAUACGAGUUUUGUGAUCAUUUUCCCAUAAAUGCACAUUCUCUUCCUAAUUUUGUCCCACCUAUUCAACACGUCCUAAGCUCUUUUUUUUUUCAUGCCUGGUUAGUGCAUGGUCUUUAGAGCAUGCAGCUUGACCCUCAGGUUCAAAAUCCAGAUGGGUUGGGAGCUAUGACGUUUCAACUUUUGCCCCCUGUUCACGCUGUGCACGCUGUGCACCCCAUGCACCCCAUGCACCCCGUGCACCCCGUGCACCCCGUGCAGCCCGUGCACCCCAUGCACCCCAUGCGCCCCAUGCACCCCAUGCACCCAUGCACCCAUCCACCCAUGCACCCAUCCACCCCGUGCAACCCAUGCAACCCAUGCACCCAUGCACCCCAUGCACCCCGUGCACCCCAUGCACCCCAUGCACCCCAUGCACCCCAUGCACCCCAUGCACCCAUGCACCCCCAUGCACCCCAUGCACCCAUUCACCCAUUCACCCUUGCACCCCAUGCAACCCAUGCACCCAUGCACCCCGUGCACCCCAUGCACCUCGUGCACCCAUGCACCCCAUGCGCCCUGUGCAUCCGGUGCACCCCAUGCACCCCAUGCACCCAUGCACCCAUGCACCUCAUUCACCCCAUGCACCCCAUGCACCCAUGCACCCCAUGCACCCCAUGCACCCCGUGCACCCUAUGCACCCUAUGCACCCAUGCACCCAUGCACCCAUGCACCCAUGCACCCCAUGCACCGUAUCCACCCCGUGCACCCCAUGCACCCAUGCACCCCAUGCACCCAUGCACCCAUGCACCCCAUGCACCCUAUCCACCCCGUGCACCCCAUGCAUCCCAUGCACCCAUGAACCCAUGCACCCUAUCCACCCCAUGCACCCCAUGCACCCCAUGCACCCAUGCACCCAUGCACCCCAUGCACCCCGUCCACCCCGUGCACCCCAUGCAUCUUAUGCACCCAUGAACCCAUGCACCCGUGCACCCAUGCACCCGUGCACCUAUGCGACGCGUGACGCGAGCCAUGCGAAUGCGGCGAUGGACUCCUAUGGCCGUCGCUCAUUUAUUUCAAAUCCUUGCGCUUUUCCUGGGUACGUGGAUUGGGCGACAACCACUCGAAUAGCUGUGAGAAGUAUUUGCGCAUUAUUGGGGAGCCUUUGACAAUCUCCAGCCAUUCAGGAGGGGCUAUUUGAGCUAUUGCGACUUGUGCAAGUGUUUACGACUCGCUUUGCGAGACAUGAAACAGUUUUGCGAAGGGCCUUUUUCCUCCAUCCGAACCAAACAUACUGACGCAAGCUGCUGUGACACGUACAGAUCUCGACAACUCCCAGCACUACUCGUUUCCAAUUAGCCACCUUCUCUUCACUCUAGCUGUGAUGUGUUUACAUG